UUGCAGCUUGACAGUAAGCCGCCGGCAUUCGAAGUGUGAGCGUCGUGUGAUUGGUGCGCGUAGUGUAAAUGCUCCAGAGUGAGCGUUACUCAAGAGUGCGGAAUAAAGUGGAGAGCGUAAAGGAAAUACAAGCUAGAAAUUCCUCUCGCGGUGUUGCCGUUGAUAUUAGCAAUUUUUCCAAUGUGAUUCGUAACAAUAGCGCCAUAUUGAAUUUCGGUUCAACGUAAAUUGAAGUGAGUGUCGCAUUAAUUACAGUCGCGAGGAUUGAUAGUUUUGUGUUUUCGACGAUAAAGAACCGUGAAUACGUGAUUAUUGAACCUAGCGGAUAUACGCCCGACAGACCGCCAGCCCAGCAGUAGAAAGCAAUUUACGAGUACAAAAAGCCCUUUGAGUAAACGAGCGCUGAAUAUUAUUUAAGAUUCAAGAUAAACACUCGAGUGAGAGCAAAGGGUGGUGUUUAACGACAAAUAUCAAACAAGACAGCAGACGGGGUUAGACUGGUCGACACUCUGUAAAUCUUUUUCCUCAUUCUAGAAAAAGGCCUCUCACUCUGGUCCAGCGUGAGAAUUCUCUGUAGAUUUCGUAAAACUUUGUUUCGACGAUCGGGCCCUCUUGACUAGGAAUGACAACAGGCCCUCUUCUGCUCUCUUAUUCUUUCGUGAAAUGUGAUGUGAGAAUCUAUGUGCGAUCCACUACAACAUAAGCGUAAAACGUCAGAAGCUCCUCAAAGUCAGGGACUCUAGUCCAACAAUUCCUCCUUGUUAUUUUUCGUUGGAAGAUACAAGAGAGAAACAUGUUAGAAUUGCAACGACCUAUUCUGAUAGUCAGUGCGAUAUCACUGCUAAUAGUGCUCGACGUCAUCCAUCUCCACUCAGUUCUGGCUAACGAACUGAAGGACUACUGCUCGAUGCACAGAUUCGAGAAUCUACCCGGUGGGCUCCGAUUUACUAAGGAAGUCGUCACCACAGAGUACGCUAGUGUCGGAUCCUUCAAGGCAAUCCAUUGCUGCUUACGCGGUUACCGGAGCAUCGAAUGGUAUAAGGAUAACAGACCUUAUCCUUGGCCAGGUGGCGAGAGUCACUUUAUCUUGUAUCCUGAAAGUGCUAACCAGACAAUCUACACGCAAGAGGUUAGAACUUCGGAUGCAGGGCGAUACUCGUGUAGAGCGCGUAAUGAUACCACGGUACUUGAGGGCGACAUCACGCUCUCUGUUCUCGGUAAGUUUUCGUGUUCUAUCUAGGCAUAUGCCAAUGCAUAAAAAUACUCAACAAACACAAAGUUAAAAUUUUCUAUGCAAGGAUGUAUUAGUUACAAAGCACCUCAUAUACAUAACUGUUAUUUUUGCGAGUAGGACGACAUAACACUGCCGAUAU